AUGUCGCAGGUCCUGAUUGUGUUGGGCCUGGUGGGAUGCACCUGUGGCGGCGACCUUGACUACGCGGGUGGCUUUGGCGACGGCUUCAGUAGUGGCCUAGGAGGCGGCUUCGGAGGAGGCUUUGGAGGUGGCUUUGGAGGUGGCUUCGGAGGGGACUUCGGGGGUGGCUUCGGCUUCGGAGGCCUUGGAGGUGGAGGAGGUGCCGCCCUCUCCGUUCCUCUGGCAGCAUCAGUGUCUCUGGUCAAAGAACCCGUGGUCAACGUCGGCUAUGUGGCCCGACCAGUGGUCAACUACGUGAAGCAGCCUGUGGCUUCCGUCACCCAUAAAAUCAAGCCCGUCUUUUCCAUAGACCACGCCAUUGUUGGGAGCGGUCUUGCCUUCGGCGGCCUUGGCGGCGGAGGUCUGGGCGGAGGCUACGGAGGUUUCGGCUAUGGCUGGUAG